UCCCUCUCUCUCUAAACAACUCGCUCGCGCUCUGCAAAUCCUCUCGCUAAUUCUCUCUCUCUCUCUCUACAUCCCGAUUGAAAGAACACGGCAGAGAAGAUCAAACCCCCAAAUUUCAGUCAAUCUCUCUCUCUCUCUCUCUCUCUCUUUUCAUUUGGAUCCCCGUAGGCUCUAGGUCCUCCGUUCGAGAAUACCUUAGUUUUUGGAAGAUCUAGAUAAAAAUAUUUAAAAAUAGAACCCUAGGCCUGUCGUCCCGUUCGAUGCUUAUUCCGGAGCCGUUUCACCCAGCUUUUUAGGAUGUUUUGAUGAAUUUUUCUUGAAAUUUACACGAUACUCGAGUUUUGAUUUUCAGAAAAAGUUGAUCAUACUUGUAUGCAUGUGUGCUUUGGUGUUUGGAUUGGACAAAUUUUGAUUAGGGAGAGUUUUGGGUGGGUUUUUGAAAUAUUUGGUGUAUUGGGUAUUUUGCUGUAGAUUGAGCUGGAUGGACCAGAGAAUGGAUUUUCUUUGUUUUUAGGGUUCUAGUGGUAGUACCGUAGUGGGUUAGACUUUUUUUUGCUGAUUUUGUAUUGCCGGGGAGUUUCGAAAUUCGAUUUUUGGAUAUGGUAAUAUAUGAUGGGUGAGCUGGGGUUACUGAUUUUCUUGCUCUGAAUUGUAUAACUUUCUGUAUCGAAUUGACUCUUCGGGUUAGAAUUGGUGUACCAGUUCGGCGAAUAAUGGAUUAUUGAAUUAAAGCUUUCUGUGGAGGUAGGAAGUUCUUGUGUUGAUUUGGAAUGCUGCUAUGGUUUCUGGGCUUUGCCAUUUGAGCUUGGUGUAGUGACUAUUGAAUUGAAGAGUGGUUGUUUUCUUAUGGUUGAGAGGUUACGUUGAUUAGGUCGUAGUUCAGAUAUACUGUUUGCAUCGGGUUUUUUCAAAAUGAGCUUAGAGAACGAAGAACCACGCUCACCAGAUCAUCUUACCGAAACGAAUCACGAAAUGCAAAAGAAGUCGAAAAUAUCAUAUACGAGAGAAUUCCUACUGUCGUUUAGUGAAUUAGAUACUUGCAAGAAACUACCAAGUGGGUUCGACCAGUCAAUAUUAAGUGAAUUCGAGGAUGCUUUCAAAGAUCGACAGAGAACUAGUGGUUUGUCAGCUCAUAGUUUCAGGCGAAACGAGUAUGGUCCAUCUCCACCUACUAGAGGGGAUGUAGCUGGUUAUUCACGGCCAAUCCAUGGAAGGUGGGAAAGUCGUUCAACUGGACGGAGUGACAAGGAUAAUGACUCGCAAUCUGAUAAGGAUUCUGAUUCAGGAAGGCAUUUUGGGAACCAGUCUCGGCGGCCAUGGCAGGUUCCUGAGCAUGAUGGACUACUCGGAAGUGGUUCCUUUCCUAGACCGGCUGGGUUUACUGCAGGGGUAUCAGCACCAAAAGUUCGACCUAACGAACCAUACCAGUUGAAUAGAACCAAUGAGCCAUACCACCCUCCCCGUCCUUACAAGGCAGCACCUCACUCGCGGAGGGAUACUGAAUCAUUUGAUGAUGAAACGUUUGGUUCUUCUGAGUUGACAAGUGAGGAAAGAGCAGAAGAGGAAAGAAAGAGAAGAGCAUCAUUUGAAUUGAUGAGGAAAGAACAGCAAAAAGCACUUCAAGAGCAGAAGCUGAAGCCAGAGAAGAAUAAAGGUGAUUUUGACUUUGCCACACUGGUGGAUGAUUCCAAAGAUGGGAGGAGACAUAGAAGCAGUGAAGUAGAGGAGCGUCUCAUACCCCAAGCUUCAAGUACUGAUUCUGAAAAAUCUAGUUUACUCUUGCAAACUGCUGCACCCAGACCUCUUGUACCCCCAGGUUUUGCUACCACCGUUUUGGAGAGAAAUCUUGGACCAAAAUCCUUGAGUCAUUCCCAUGAAGUUGAGGUUGGGAAUUUUGAACUUGAGGAAAAUAUCUUACAUGCCAAAAGUAAACCUGUUUUAAGUGGGACUUUGGAUAACCAAGUGGAGAAACAAUCAACUGAACAAAUGAUCUUGAGCAAGCAACAACAUGGAAGUGCAAGUACUCAUGCCUCAGUUGAUAGCCUGAGUGAGAAGAAUCGAAAUCCGUCACCACCUCAAGGUGCCUUGAAUAAGAUAAUUGGCAUUGAGAGUCAACUCUAUAACAUAGCUAAUACAUCACAAGCUCUAGAAGCCUCCAGAAAUAGUGAAGUAAUUGGCCUCAAUACUGAGAAGGUGAUGGGGACUACGAUUGUUGGUGAAUCCAAUCAAGGUCCUUCUGCGUCGAUACUGGAAAAGUUCUUUACCAAUGCUGUAGCAUUAAAUGUAGUUGGCUCCUCUAAUAUCACUGAGCAUCAAGAUUUUAAAGAUGAUGAGACACAGAGCUCUGACACUACCCAUUCUUCCAAGUUUGCUCGUUGGUUUCAUGAAGAAAGGAAACCUAGUGAUGAUUUCUCAUCUGGAAGGCAAAAUGACUUACUUUCAUUGAUCGUUGGUGGUGAAAAAGGUGGAUCCAACAUUUCUGAUGGGAAGAUACUUGAUCACAGUUUUCCUAGUUUUUCUUCUCAAACCUCUGAACCUGCAGACAGGGUUAUGAAAUCAGAUGUAGUAUCUCCUACAGUUGGUAACUCUGAGGAUUUUUCCAAAAGUAUUAAACCAGAGGCAGUUUCGACAGUCCUUACAUGUGAAGACCUUGAACAAUCGAUUCUGUCUGGUAUUAGUGAAAAUGUUCUGACCUUGCAGCCCCCUGUUCAAAAGUGGAGUCCUCCUGGGGCUGGUGGAAAGCCUGAGCAGCUGAAAGCUAAUGUUGAUAAUAAUGCAUCCCAUCACCUACUUUCACUGUUGCAUAAGGGAACAAGUGUGAGUGAUAUGGAACCAUCCUAUAAUCAAGAAACAACGUAUUCUGAAAAAUUACAUGACACUGAAGGAGCAACUAUUGGCACCGCAAUUCACAGUUCAAAAAAGGAAAUUGCUGAAAAUGUUUCUAUUGCAGGGAAGAACCUGACCCUUGAAACACUGUUUGGAACUGAUUUUAUGAAAGAGUUGCAAACAGUUGGAGCGCCAGUUUCUGUUAAGAGGGGCCCAAUGGGGUCUGCAAGAGUAGAUCCUAUGGAGCCUCAUGGGGUGCCUUUUCCUGUGACAGAUAGCAGUCUAAUUCCUCCUGCAAUUCAAAUUGGACACAACUCAACUAGUCAUAGUAGUAGUGACUCAACAGCAAAUAGGAGGAAGCAAACAAAAUCAGAUACGAUCGAAGAGCCGUGGCUAGGUCUCAAUAAUCCUCAUAUUGAAGUAGGUUCAUCACAGGUUCGAACCGACUUGGGUUCUAAGAUUGGGGUUUUUGAGGGGCAUCCUGAUUUUCGACUUCCUGAGGAGGAUAGCUUGAUUGCAGCCAGCGAACCGUUGAACAUACAAAGUUCUAUGUCUUCUCGAAGUCAAAUGAAAAGCAAAUUGUUCUCCUCCCCAAACACCCAUGUGGACAUUGUUGAAAAGUUGGCAGCUAUGAAUUCUGGCUUUAAAGAUGAAAGAAGAAUGGGAAGCCAAGAAGUUCCUCCUCCUUUUCUUCGUGGUCCUUAUGAUGUGACAGAGCCUGAUAUUCCAUAUCAGAACCUUAAUGUGCAACCAUCUUCUCAACAGCCAUCAUCCUCAUUGAAUCAUGUGGGUCCCCCAUUCCACCCUUUAGACUCUCGUCCUGGCAACAUCAACUCUCAGAUUAAUUUUAUGGGGCGAGAAGGCAUUAUGCGAAGCGAUCCUCCACCAAAUCAUCAAUUUCAAUCAAAUAUGCUUCGUCCACCUUUCUAUCAUCCCAACACUGGUCAAUCUGGGUUUGAUGCUCACACCCAUCACCCUAUGAUGCAACAGAUGCAUAUGCAAGGCAACUUUCCUCCGCCUCACCUGCUACAAGGAUUAUCCAGUUCUCCACCCCAGCCUCCUCAUCCCAAUCGUGGUGCACCUCCACCUGCUCAUCCAAACAGUCAGGCUUUUAUGCAAGAAUUGAACCCAAUGCAAGGUUUCCCUUUUGGUCCCCGGCAGCCCAACUUUGGUGGUCAUGGAAUGCCAUUGCCCGCUGCUGACGUUGCCGGUGGAAGCAACCACCAUCCAGAGGCACUCCAAAGGCUCAUUGAGAUGGAACAAAGGUCAAACCCGAAACAGAUUCACCAGUUUGCUGGUAGCGGACACAAUCAAGGGACGUACGGACACAAACUGGACAUGGGUUUCGGGUAUAGGUAGGUCGCUCGGAUGUCUCGAAACUCGGUGUAUUUUCAAUGUAUUCAGAUUUCAGAGUCCUCUUGGAUGAUAUGUGCAACUCAACGGACGGGCGAUGUGUUUGAUAUUGCUUCUUUGAAAUGGAUGUGUUGAGGGUAGGUGGUGUAAUUAAUGGAUUUUUCUUGA